GCCUCCUCCGUACCUCUUGGCACCGGUCAGACUCCAGGAGCGCACGCAGGAUGAAUAAACUUUAAAUCACAACUUUCCCUCCCUACCUUGGCUCGCUCCCUCCUCCUCUCUCGCUCCCUCCUCCGCGGCUCCAGAAGCAACAAGAAGCCCUCCACAAUGGAUUUAUCGCGAGCACGAUGCUGCCGCUGCCUCUGCCGCUGCCGUGAAUGAUCCGUGGACGCGCGAUACCUGCGCGGGUCGAGAUGAUGGCAUCCAUCGGGGAAUUCGACCCGCUCAACACCAGAGUCCCGGCAACUAAAAUAGAAGUUACAGUGUCGUGUCGGAGCCUUCUAGACGUGGAUACCUUCUCCAAGUCAGAUCCUGUGGUCGUCCUGUAUUUGCAAGCAGUGGGGACCAAAGAGUGGCGGGAGUUCGGCCGGACCGAGGUGAUCGAUAACACUCGCAAUCCCGACUUUGUCAGGAAAUUCGUCUUGGAUUUCUUCUUCGAGGAGAAACAAAAUCUACGCUUCGAUGUGUACAACGUGGACUCUCGAAGCUGCAACAUUUCCAAACACGACUUUUUGGGCCAGACUUUCUGUACCCUUGGAGAAAUCAUCGGCUCGACGGGAGGACGCCUGGAGAAGACUCUUUCCGGGAUUCCAGGGAAGAAAUGCGGAGUCAUUAUCCUAACUGCCGAGGAGCUGAGCAACUGCAGGGAUAUUGCCACCAUGCAGUUGUGCGCCAACAAGCUGGACAAGAAAGACUUCUUCGGCAAGUCGGACCCCUUCCUGGUGUUCUACCGGAGCAAUGAGGAUGGAACGUUCACCAUCUGCCACAAGACAGAGGUGAUCAAGAACACGCUGAAUCCGGUGUGGCAGCCCUUCACCAUCCCUGUACGAGCGCUGUGCAACGGCGACUACGACAGGACGGUGAAGGUGGACGUCUAUGACUGGGACCGGGACGGAAGCCAUGACUUCAUUGGCGAGUUCACCACCAGCUACAGAGAACUGUCUCGUGGACAAAACCAGUUCAACGUCUAUGAGGUUUUAAAUCCCAAGAAGAAAGGCAAGAAGAAGAAGUACAUCAACUCUGGGACGGUAACACUGCUGUCCUUCAAAGUGGAGUCCGAGUACACCUUCGUGGAUUUCAUCCGAGGAGGAACGCAGCUCAACUUCACCGUGGCCAUCGACUUCACCGCAUCCAAUGGUAACCCCUCCCAGCCCACGUCCCUCCACUAUAUGAGCCCCUACCAGAUGAACGCCUACGCCAUGGCCCUGAAAGCUGUGGGUGAGAUUAUCCAGGACUACGACAGCGACAAGCUCUUUCCUGCCUACGGAUUCGGAGCUAAGCUGCCCCCUGACGGCAAAAUCUCCCACGCGUUCCCCCUGAGCGGUGAGGGCGAGAACCCCAACUGUGUGGGCAUCGAGGGGGUGCUGGAGGCCUACUUCCAGAGCCUGCGGACGGUGCAGCUCUACGGCCCCACCAACUUCGCCCCGGUCAUUAACAAAGUGGCAAACUGUGCGUCCGAGAUUACAGAUGGCUCCCAGUACUUUGUCCUGCUGAUGAUCACAGAUGGAGUGAUAUCUGACAUGGUGCAGACCAAAGAGGCGGUGGUCAAUGCGGCUUCUCUCCCUCUGUCCAUCAUCAUCGUCGGCGUCGGACCUGCAGAGUUUGACGCUAUGGAGGAGCUGGAUGGGGAUGAGGUGCGAGUAUCCUCCAGAGGGCGCCUCGCCGAGAGAGACAUCGUGCAGUUUGUGCCAUUCAGAGACUACGUGGACAGAUCUGGCAACCAGGUCCUCAGCAUGGCCCGGCUGGCCAAAGACGUCCUCGCCGAGAUCCCCGACCAGCUUCUGUCUUUCAUGAAGAGCCGAGGAAUCGAGCCGCGGCCGGCUCUGUCCUCCUCCCCGCUGCCACAGCUCCACCGACAUAUGUGACCCCGGCACAGCUCCUCUUCACGCUGACUCUCUCCUCUCUCUCUCUGCUUAUCUCCACUCACCUCUCGUGCAGUAAUUUGUCACUGAGAAGCUGAAGAACGGACCCUUGACGUGCCCUUUCUCAUCUUCUCAUCAGUGAAGCCCGACAGGCGCAGGAGAGCGGCACGGCAGGUGCCUCAACCCCAACCUGCUCCUCUCUGUCCGCCACUGGCUCAUGACUUUUCAUUCACACCAGGAAGACAAUUUUGUCCACCACAGACUUCUGCUGCCCAGAAAGGCUCAAAUGGGAAAAAAAUAGCAAGGGAAAGGAUUCAUUUUCUGUCCAUUCUACGACUGCCUCUUUUCUUGAAGAGAAAUCUUAAAAUACUUUGUGGACUACAUGUCAACUGGUUAACUGUAAAAUAAUAUCAGCACCACUGGUAAAAUAACAACAUAUUCAGUAUAUUGGAAUCGUAAGGAGCAGCAGUCUGGUUUUCCUUUUCUCACAAGUGGAUUCUGGUCUCAAAAUGUAUCAGGCGCUUCUACAAUAUCAAAAGGCCUCAUGAUUAUUUACAUAGAAAUGAACCUUUUCGUGAUGAGUCAGGCUCCAGAAGUGUCCGCGAGUUCACGUGAGCGCUGAUGAUAUCAGUCCUCCGAGUGAAUUAUAAUGUCGUGACGUGUGUUUUAGAUGUGUGCUGCGAGGCCUGGGGCGUCCGGUGACACCUCUGUUAUUGCACACACACACACACGGCGCUCUGCCACGCCCACACUCUCUGCCCAGCAGGGACUGAUGCUGGGUGCAGAGCCCGCUCCCCUCCUCCUGGCCCCUGCUGUUUCAGAAAGGCCAGUCUCCCCAGAGAAGAGGAAGGAAGCUAAAGAGAGGGAGGGCGAUCGAGGCAGGUGAGGUGAGUAAAGUACGGUGAGAGAGAGAGAAAAUCAAUCCCAGCGAGAGCUGAUCAAAGAGAAGCAGAUGGACCAGGGAACGUCUCGACACCUUUAUUUCUCGGAAGGAUUCACGGAUGAGAUCAGAAGCGAUAUGAAUAUAUCUUUUUUUUUUCUUAAUCUUAUGCAGAAAUGUGAUGCACAUUCUCCGAAAAGCAAUAGCCACUGUAUGCAUGCCCCCCCCUCGCCCCCCGCCUCCCCUCUCCUCACCAUCUCUGUCCUCCUGCGGGUGGUCAAAGCUCAGAGCCUUGUAUAAAAGCUAGCCAAGCCUGCCUCCUAGUGGCCAUCCUGUGUACAGCCAUAACCCUAAUAUGCAUGUUCCAGUACUCACAACAGUAAGGCAUGUCCUGAUGCAACACUGUAUGUAGUCGAGUCCCACAUACACCCGGAUUCUACAGACCGUAUAUCUCCAGCGUGUUGAGCGUCAUUCACCGUAGUGGGAUGCGCUCACUGUCGUCUUAGUGCAAGCAUUUUUAUAAGCGUGUACAGUAACUAGUCGUCCAAAACCCCCUGCAUGAGCUUCUGUGGAUGUGAGCUACAAAUGAACUGAAAUAGAAAUGAAAUGAUGCAGGGAUGACGGUGAAUCCCGAGUUCUUUUUCUGGUCUGCUUUAACUGCCGUGGCUUUUGGCUUUCAAGCAGAGCAGCAGCAAAACGUUCAGUAGAAUGUCAUGUUAUUUUAAUGUUAAGACGUGAGGAGGAGGGUGUGUUUGAGGGGACUGAAGCUGAAAUUAAAACAGAACACAGGUGCAGAAUCUGUUUAGCUGCUGAGGAGGGUGAAGAGGCUUGUUCCUCCUGUUCCCCUCUGGCAGGAAGUCCAUCUUCAGAGGGAGAAGGUACUGAAAGUCAAUUCAUCCCUUCACUCACUUUGGACUGGAAAACAUCUAUGGUCGUCAUAUUAUUCAGGGCCCCAAAGUGAAAGGAGUGCUGUAGUAUUUUUGUGCCAGUCCUUGUCUUUAACCACGGACCAAAGGUUGCUACCUUUAUUUCAAAUAAAAAAAUGAAAGUAUAAUGCCCUGUGUAUGUGCAUCCCAUUCGUCAUUUUUACUUUGUUUACAUGGACAUGAAUAACCCUGGCUGAGAGAUCACAAUGGGCUGCUGAGGCUUCGUGAAACAGUGUCUUCAUCUCAGAGCCCACUAGAUGGCGCCCUCCGCUGUAAAAUGUUUGGGUUUGAACUACCUUUUCAAUGAGAGCUUGUAUCAUUUUUAAACUCUAAAAAAAAAACUGGGCUCCGAAAGUGAAGACACUGUUUCAUGAAGCCUCGUGGGAUUAUAACAAACAAACAUGCACGUUUUUAGAGACAGACUGAAGGGUGAAGCAGUUGAACAGCUCAGUUCAUCAGAGCGUGGCAAACAUUAUGACCAACCAAGGUGGAAAAUUUGACUAUGUCAGACACAUCUGGUUCACAUCAGAUAUAAAGUGAGACCCAGUAUCUAUUGUCAGAGUGAUACCUGACUAAACUCACUCAGUCACUUAAAAUGUAAUGAAAACAGUCUUUAUUGGUCCAAAAACUUCAAUUCACGUCAUCACAAAAACACCUCAAAUCCACUCGAUUCCUCAAAUGAUUUUAAUGCUUUCAAAAAUGGCAUUAAAAAUCGGCUCUGGGUUUUUAUUUCCAUGUAAAUGUUGCCAGUCUCCUGCAGCAGCCUCAAACAGUCUAAAAAAAACCUUGUAUUUUUGAUGCAACACCUGACUGUGUGAGGUUUCUGUCCAUCUUUUCUAAAGGCACUUUGACUUAGCAACAUGCUCAUUACUGUAUGUAUAUAUAUAUAUAUAUAUCGACCAGAUUAGUUGGCGUUCAGAUUAGAGAAUUUAAAUGUUGGUGAUACAAAUAUAUAUAAAUUGUGUUUUUAUGAAUGUCUAACAAGAAUGUAGGAAGUAGUCGUGUUUUUCUAUCAAAGUUUAACAUCAUAUGUGUUCAAUGAUGAGACACUAGUUUGAAGACGCACUGACCAAACUUGGAUCCAAGGACGACACGCUUUGACGCGCACACAUUGCUGACUCGGCUGCCUCGCUGGUGAAUGACGGCUGUCCCGUGUAUCUGUUUGCAUCCUGUGUUGGAAAUAAAAACGGUAGCUGUAAAAG